AUGGCUUCAGCAUGGACACCGCGGCAGCGUGAGCUGUUUGAAAAGGCCAAGUCCUCCAGUCGGGUCAUUUUCAGACGCUCAGGAAUCACACAUGACGAUGCUUUGGUCAUUGCCGAGGGUCUCAAGGCGAAUGGCAAUUUGCAAUAUCUCGAGUUGUCUGACAACCAGAUUGGCGACGCAGGAGCACAAGCGAUCGGAUCUGCGCUUCGGAACAAGUCGACCUUGAUUGCACUCAGCUUGAACGAGAACAAGAUUAGUGACAUUGGAGCUUUUGCCGUCGCUGAAGGCUUGCAGGCGUCGACUGCGCUGACUCAGCUCGGGAUGUCAGUCAAUCAAAUUGGCGACGCAGGAGCACGGGCGAUCGGAUCUGUGCUUCGAAACAAGGCCAACCUGGCUCGCCUCUAUUUGAGCCAAAACAAGAUCGGUGACGCUGGAGCUCGUGCCAUCGCUGAAGGCCUGCAGACGUCGACUGCACUGACUGACUUGAGGAUGUUUGAAAAUCAAAUUGGCGAUGAUGGAGCCCAGGCGAUCGGAGCUGCGCUUCGAACCAAGGCCAACCUGUCUCUUCUCUAUUUGAGCCAAAACAAGAUCGGUGACGCUGGAGCUCGUGCCAUCGCUGAAGGCCUGAAGACAUUGACUGUGCUGACUGAUUUCAGGAUGUUUGAGAAUCAAAUUGGCGAUGCUGGAGCACAGGCGAUCGGAGCUGCGCUUCGGAACAAGACCAACCUGUCUAGUCUUUACUUGAGCGAGAACAAGAUUGGUGACAUUGGAGCUUGUGCCAUCGCUGAAGGCGUGCAGGCGGCAUCUGCGCUGACUGAGCUCGGGAUGUCAACCAAUCAAAUCGGUGAUGCUGGAGCACAGGCGAUCGGAGCUGCGCUUCGAAACAAGGCCAACCUGUCGAAACUGAACUUGUGGGACAACCAGAUUUCCUCAAGCGCCGUUCAGCUUUUAUCCAAAAGCGUUCCCGCAAAAUGCGAGUUCUCGGCCGGAAAUCAGCGCACUCGCCCUCAAAAUGCAACCAGUCCUCCUGCCAUUCCACCGAAACCUGCCCACUUAGACCAUACUCCCAACUCGCCUCUCGCUGCGUCUGAUGCGACGUCGCAGCAAGUUCGUGAACUCCAGGCGCGUAUUGCUCAGCUGGAGCUAGCUCAGCAAACCACAACCGCGGCACCCAUCCUCUCCACCAUUCCGCGAGUGUCGUUGCAAGUUCUGUCGCAAGCCACAACGCAGUUUUCAGAGUCCAAGCGCAUCGGUGGCGGUGGAUUUGGCAGCGUCUACUCUGGUGUGUGGAGCGGUCAGCGAGUUGCUGUCAAACGGUUGGCAGCGGAUUCAACUCAAGGCGUGGCUCAGUUCGAGUCAGAGCUCGAAGCCCUCUCGCGUUUCCGUCACCCGAACAUCGUCACCAUCAUGUGCUAUGCCCAGGAAGGCAACGAGCGCUGCUUGGUGUACGAGCUGAUGCCAAACGGAUCUGUUCGUGAUCGUCUUGAUCGCAAGGGUGGCACGCCUGCAUUGAGUUGGCAGCAGCGCCGAACCAUUGCGACCGAUAUUGCAAACGCCAUGCACUUUGUGCAGACUGCCAUUCCGCGUCAGCCGCUGUUCCACCUGGAUCUCAAGACGGACAAUGUACUUUUGGCCGCUGACUUUCAUGCCAAGGUCGCCGACUUUGGUCUGACGCGCUCUGCCCCAGCUCAAGUCGAUGACCACAGCUACAUUCGUACGCAAACGGUUCAAGGCACCCUUCAGUACAUUUGCCCUCAGUAUCGUGACGAAGGCAAGGUUUCCAUCAAGACAGAUGUGUACUCGUACGGCAUGAUUUUGCUUGAGCUCGUUACUGGACAUCAGCCCAGCAUCGACUUGAUGGGUACUGUUCGACGCGAGCUGAAAAAGAGCCGUAAAAUCGAUGCGGUGCUUGACAAGGCGAUUGACUGGAGCCCUCAAGACAAAGAAUCGGCUCAAGCCACGGCGGCGGAUCUUGCGUCUGAUUGUCUCGAACCCACGCGAGUGGAUCGACCGUCGUUCGGCGAGAUUUUGAGGCGAUUGUCUGGCGAAGAAGUUGCAGGAGCAAACGAGGAAGAGACUAUCGAGGGCAGCGAUCGCGAGUGCUUGGUCUGUUACAACGCCCCGACGAAUGCCAAGCUGAUGCCUUGUCACCACGCAUGUGUCUGCGUUGCGUGUGCUCAAAUGAUGAUCCAACGUCGAGACAAGUGCAUGAUCUGUCGAGUCCUUCCGACUUCGUUCCAACAGGGCACUUACACCAAGACUUUUGUUCAGUGAGCUGCGCUGUUGUUUGAUGUUUGAUGUUUGAUGGUAUGUUGUGUUGCAUGUCUAAUCACGUGCUGAUGCCAUUGCCCCGUUCUCUAUAAAAUUCAUGUAGCUGAC